GCGGGGAGAGCAAUGGAGGCCGCGGGCGCCUGAGAGCUGGCCGCGCUGCUGGGGCUGCUGCUGCGGAGGCUCGGCGGGCUGGGACAUUCCCGGGACGCGCGUCGUCGGUCAUCACUCCCUGCACCGUUGGCGCCCGGUGAAACCGCAGUUCCCAAGAGCUGUGAUCCCCAGGGUGUCCGGUGUUGCAUCCCGGUUCCUGACACACAUACCCCCAAGGGCAGGUCUACUUCUUUGCAAGAAGAAAGGUUUGGUGGAGAAUUAUCCAGCAACAAUAGGAUCUGUGUCCCUUCAGAACGACAAGAAGAAGGGAGGCAAGUUCCAGCCUUUUAAGAAGUUGUUUGGCAAAAGGAAAAAGAAGAGCACCCUGCUGUCCGGGGAGGGACCAGCUGAGAGGCAGAGGCACGCUCCCCAGGGCGCCAGCAAUGGGACCUUCUCUUCAGAUGAGGAGCCCCUGGAAAGCAAUCUGAGGUCCUCCACCCGUUCUAUGGGAGCACGGGCCCUCUCCCAUGACAGUAUUUUUAUCCCUGAUGGGGGAGCAGAAAAUGAGCAGACAGUUCAAGCAAUGUCACAGGACAACAUCCUGGGCAAAGUCAAAACUCUUCAGCGACAGUUGGGCAAGAAUAUCAAGUUUGGGCAGCGGCCAUCGAAUGCCAUUCCCAUGAAGAAGGCGGGCAGUGCGGACGCUAGCUCUGAUGAGGACUUCUUCCUGACCAGUCCCAUGGAAAUUGUGACUCAGCAGGAUAUUGUCCUCUCAGACCCAGAGAACAAAUCUAGUGACACGCCAAGUUCCUCCAGUCCUCUGAAUCUACCUGAAGCCAGAAGUGAGAUGGAAGAGAAGGUUGCUCCAGUUAAACCCUCUCGGCCAAAAAGGCACCUCUCUCCUGCUGGCACCAUUGAAAGUGUCAAUCUGGACGCCAUCCCCCUGGCGAUUGCUCGUCUGGACAACAGUGCUGCCAAGCACAAGCUCUCUGUGAAGCCAAAAAACCAGAGGGUGUCACGGAAGCACAGGUGGCUUUCCCAGGAUCGUCAGAAUGAGCCAGGCAGCUUUGAGAGGCAGUUUUCCCUGGACCAGAACGGGCAGCCGGGAGAAGACAAGCACAUUUGGCAUGAAGAGGAACCAGAACCUCUGGAUUCCCGCGAAGACAAAAGACUCCAGGAAGAGUAUUGGCAGGAACUUGAAGCCAAGUGCAAGCGACAAAAAGCCGAGGCAGCUGAGAAGAGGCGCCUGGAAGAGGAGAGGCGGCAGGCACUGGAGAGGAGGCUUUGGGAGGAGAGUCUCAGAGAGGAGCUGCUGGAAGAGGAGGAAGGCAAGGAGGAGGAGCUGCAGCUAGAGGCAGGGAAGGCACCUCCAGGGGAAAAGCAGCAGUCUGGUCUGGAGGAGUGGGGAGGUGCAGAGUUGGGGGAAGCUGAUGACCCCGAGAACCUAGAGGCUGAAAAGCAUAGGCGUGAGCAGGAAGAUGCUGAGAGGCAGGAGGAGGCACUGAGGCAGUGUGAGGCCGAGAGGCAGGAGGAGGAGCUGAGGCAGCGGGAUGCCCAGAGGCAGGAAGAGGAGCUGAGGCAGCUCGAGGUCCAGAGGCAGGAGGAGAAACUGAGGCAACUCGAGGCCCGGAGGCAGGAGGAGGAACUGAGGCAGCUCGAGGCCCAGAAGCAGGAAGAGGAACUGAGGCAACUUGAGGCUCAGAGGCAGGAGGAGAAACUGAGGCAGCUUGAGGCCCAGAGACAGGAAGAACUGAGGCAGCUCGAGGCCCAGAGGCAGGAGGAGAAAAUGAAGCAGCUGGAAGCCGAGAGGCAGCAUGCUCAGGAGGAGGAGGCCAGGAGGAUGCUGCAGGACCUCAGGCAGGAAGAAGAAGAGGAGGCCAAGUGCACAGAAGAGCUGAAAGGAUGGGAAAUGGAGGUGCAGGGCAUGGACGAAAGCCCGCGGAGUCCAGGAGAGAGCCAGCCUCGACUAGCGGAAUACACUAAUCAGCAAAGCCCACUGCAGCGGGACCUUGAGAAGCCAGAGGAACAAGAAAACCUCGAAUCCGUGGGACAGAAAGAGAUGGCCCAGGAGCAGAAGGAAGAGGCUAAGAUGACCAGUGAGCCAGAUGGGCAGAGGGAAGACUUGGGCACGGAGUGCAGUGAUGUAGACAUGGAAGGGAGAGAAGCCACUCAGAUAGAUAUCCCCCUGCCAGGAGAGGUGCAGAUGGGCAGAACGCUGGCCUCAGAAGACAAGAACGAAGCUGUCGCUGCAGAUAAGGACCGAAAUGUGGAGGAGCUCCGGUGGCAAGAGGUGGAAGAGCGGCAGACCAUGCCCCGACCCUACACAUUCCAGGUGUCCUCUGGGAGUAGGCAGAUUCUCUUCCCCAAAGUCAACCUGAGCCCAGUGACACCCGCCAAGGACGCAAGCCUGGCUCCAGUGGCCCAGGAACCACCUGUGCCCAGUGGCGCCACCCCACACGCCCUGCCCUCGGCACUCAGCAUCCCUCACACGGCCAUUCUGGUCACUGGAGCGCAGCUCUGCGGCCCAGCGGUCAACCUGAGCCAGAUCAAGGACACGGCGUGCAAGUCCCUUCUAGGCCUGUCAGAAGAAAAGCGGCAGGUGGAUAUCCCCACGGUGGAACCCAGGGCCACCAGCAGCAAGGCCAGGCCUCCCCCAGAGUCGCCGAGCAAUGCCACUGCGCUAGCCGAGUGGGCGUCCAUUCGAUCCAGGAUCCUGAAGAACGCAGACGGUGACCAGCGUGGUGACAGAGAGCCGGCCAAAGCCGGGGAUGAGCCCGCUCCCCGAGCAAGGUGCGAUUCCCGAGGGAACAUGCGCAGGACGCAGCCAGUCAAGUUCUCUAUCAUGCCUGCCUGGCAGAAAUUCUCGGACGGAGGCACAGACACCUCCAAACAGAGCCUGGACGGUGGUGAAAGCAUGAGGAAAAAACCCGGGCCAGCAGCAGGUGAAGAAACAACACCUCAGCCUCUGCCUGCCGCUCCGGAGCUUCGGGAGUGCCUGGAGAAGAAGCAAGAGGUGCACCAGGAGCCACCAGACACCACUGACGGAUGCAAAUUUGCCAAAGACCUUCCAUCUUUCCUCGUUCCAGGCCUGCCUUCUCCGCAGAAAUCUGCUUCCCGCACAGGGUCCACGACCACUUUGGACAGUACCACGAGUGAUGUGGGACAGCCAGACCUUGUCAUCUCAGGAGGUGAGGAAAAGGCCUCGCCCUUCGGAAUAAAGCUGAGAAGGACCAACUACUCCUUGCGCUUCCAGUGUGACCAGCAAGCCGAACAGAAGAAGAAAAAGAGGCACAGCAGCAUGGGAGACACUGUGGAUGGUGGCACUCCCGCAACCGGGAGCAACCCUGGAGAGAAAGAGCCUGAAGCUGUGACCCUCAAGCCUGGCACAUCCCAUCCCCAGGAGAAAAAGCCAGCCCUAGCCCCUCGAAGGGACUCUGCCGAAAUCCCUUCUAGCCGUCACUCUGUUGCUGUAGCUCAGUCAGGGCUGCCACAAGGUAGCCAGACCCCAGCUCCAGGGCAGGACAAGGCAGCAAGCAAAAUGCCACCAAUGCAGAAGCCAGCCCUGGCUCCCAAGCCUACCAGCCAGACGCCACCUUCAUCGCCGUUCUCCAAACUCAGCAGACCUCACUUAAUAGAGCUGCUUGCUAGGCGUGCUGGGAAGGUGGAUUCCGAGCCGAGUGGGGCCUGCAGGGAGAGCCAGGAGAACAGUGAUAACCAGCCACCCUCACCACCACUGCCAGAGGAGCUGAAGGGACAGAAGAGGGUCGAGGAAGAGGUGCCAGAAAAGAAACCCGCUUCCCCGCCUCCAUCAGCCAGCCAGCAAGAGAGACCUUCCUUGACUCCUGAAACAGGAAGAAAAGAGAAGCCCAUGCUCCAGAGCAGGCACUCUGUAGAUGGCUCCAAAUUAACAGAGAAAGGUGAAGCUGCUCAGCCGCUGUGGAUAACAUUGGCACUGCAAAAGCAAAAGGGGUUUCGUGAGCAGCAGGCCACUCGAGAGGAGAGGAAGCAAGCCCGGGAGGCCAAGCAAGCAGAGAAGCUCUGUAAAGAAACUGUCAGUGUCAGCCCGCAGCCUGGAAGCAGAGCCGGUUCCCUGCACAAGUCCGCCACUCCGUCGGAAGAGAAGAAGCCUGAGACUGCAGUGUCCAGGCUCCAGCGCCGAGAACAGCUGAAGAAGGCCAACACUCUUCCCACAUCCGUGACAGUGGAGAUCUCAGACUCUGCGCCCCCAACACCGCUGGUAAAGGAGGUCACCAAGAGGUUCUCCACUCCAGACGCUGCCCCCGUGUCUACAGAACCUGCCUGGCUGGCUUUGGCCAAGAGAAAAGCAAAGGCCUGGAGCGACUGCCCACAAAUCAUUAAGUAAACAGUGACUCUUUCCCAUGUCUGUGGCCAGUUGCUGGCUCUUCUCUUGCCCUUUUUAUUUAUUUAUUUUUUUAUAUGUGAUAAAGAAACCAAGUUAGGGAAAAGAAGCAUGUUUUAUAGGCUCUAAAAUAAUGUUUAGAAACUGCACUGGUGGUGUUCAUUGUAAAGAGUGUAUUUGCACAACCCUGGGUCCUGGUGCCUUGAGCUCCCCUAGUUCUCAAGAGACAGUUUUGGCUGAGGGACCACAUGAAGCAAAAUCUGCAAAGGAGAACUCAGGAGAGCCUGCCAUGCCCAUCUGUGCCCAUCUAAAUCUGCACAGGAGAGCUCAGGAGAGCCUGCCAUGCCCAUCUAUGGUCCCCACAUAUACAUGCACACCCACGCACCAUUUCAGAUUAUAUCCUUUUGCCAAUCUAUUACUUUUUUUAUUUUGAUUCUCUACUCUUCUACCCCAAACAUUUACCCUGUGUGUUUGCAUAUGGAACAGUGACAGGUUCACAUGUACAUAAAACAUGGUAUCACUCUCCUGGAUGCAGUGACUGGGAGAAUAAGGAAAAGCUGGCCCCCAGCUCUGUGCCUGUCUGGUUUUCAUGACUUUUUUUCCCACCCUAAAACCACAACGUAGCAAACCACUCAUACUGACUGAUCCAUGGUGUACCCUGUUAUAGCAGUGCCCUCUUUAAAGACCAAGGACUGUCUGGCCUCGCUGGCUCCAAAGGAACAAACUCUGGGUCAGAGCUGUCGCUGAGAAGACUCCUCAUGUAGCGCAGUGGCUCUCCAGCAGCCCGGGCGGCACUCCCAGAUAGAUCCUGGGAGCACAGGGCCUAGGAUAUAGAUUUUAGGAGAGACCCUUCAGAUGAAUUCUGAUGACAUCCAAAAGUUAAGACCCUGGUGUAAUCUAGCUUUUCACGUUAUGAAGAGAAGGCUUGUCCACCCAAAGAUGCAAACGUGAGACAAGAAAAUAAAACCGUCACCCAAACCAGCCAUUUAUGUACGAUAGUUUAGGUUGUUGGCAUUACAUGCCUCUGAAAUUUCCCCUUGGCCUUAAGGGAAAAUGAACAAGCCAAGAUGUGUAACCUAUUUGUUCUAAGGACUUCUUGUAGAGAAUUUUUUGUUCCUCUCUUGUACUUGAAUAAUUCAGAGUCGAAUGUUCCAAAGCAUUUACAAUGUAGAGCAUUCACCUUGAUACCUUUAAAAGAAGCAUCUCAGAGUUUUACGUGGCCUUGUUAUCAUACACAUGUGCACACAAGGGACUUGGCAAUGUCAAAGCCACAUGUAUUUAUGUUUAUUUCUCUAGAUUUGCUUUACAUGACACUAGACAUACCAGCAAAUGCCUACAUACUGCUGGCAAUCACUUUGUAUUUCCCGGUGUUGGCAUCGUUUCCUUUUCUAGGUGUAGGAUCUUAGCCCAGUGCAGGGGAUUCCCUCCCUUUUGGUCCCCCGCACUAACAUAUUUUAUAGCAUACAUCACUCCUUUUCCUCUGUGCUUACUCAAUAUGCAAUGUGCUGUCAUUCUGUCUGCUCCACAGGAUGACAGGGAUGCUGUUUACCACAUAGAAACCAUUUUCUCUCUAGAAACAGUGGCUCAGCUUCAUGAAGCAGCUGGCAUGUGUGGUCAAGAAGCUGUACUAUAGCAAGUUGGACUUAGUAUUAUAUUUACUGGACCUUCUGACUGUUAAGAAUCAAUGUAACUUUUUUGUUGUUACUGCUAUUGUAAGCAACUAAUAUUCCACUGCACGUUUCCCACACUGGUAUUCAUUUCUAAAUCUUAUGUGUAGACAAUUGUUAGUUCAAUGAUUUCCUCACUGAUAGAACACCCAAAGCCCUAGAGUUAUAGAAUGUGAAUCUUCCCACCCAAAACCCUAGAGUUAUAGAAUGGGAAUCUUCCCACCCAAAACCCUAGAGUUAUAGAAUGGGAAUCUUUCCACACAAAGCUCUAGAGUUAUAGAAUGGGAAUCUUCCCACACAAAACCCUAGAGUUAUAGAAUGGGAAUCUUCCCACACAAAGCUCUAGACUUACAGUGCCACAGUGAUUCUUCCAAACUGGCUUCUUCCUCCAUCCUCUCGGCUUUGGCCAGUACCACAAUCAUGGCAGCAAACAGGACCAGAAAUAAGAUGGCUAAAGAAGAAUAGGGCUGGGCAUGGUGGCGCAUGCCUUUUACCCAACAUUUGGGAGGCAGACACAGGUGGAUCUCUGUGUGUUCAAGGCCAGCCUGGUCUACAUGAUGAGUUCCAGGCCAGCCAAGGCUAUACAGUGGAGACCCCGUCUUAAAACAAAUUAAAGAAAGACUAGUAGAUGCGUUCAUACUGACUCGAUACCAUGAGCCCACACACAGUACAAGAUAUAGCGUAGUUAAAAAUGCCCCACGGAUAUCUUUAAAGAAGAAUCUACCGAAGAACAGGCGGCCGUCAUUCUUGCUGAAAAAGCACAUGCUCAACAUUACAUUUCCAAGUCACCCGAACCUGCACUGAGUACCAAGGAAGUGUUACUCUGCUUCAGUUGUGUUGCGCUUGUCUCAGCAACAAACUAUGGAAAGUUCUGUGAAAACAAAAGUUCAAGACUUUUUUUUUUUAAUGAAUGACUGCUAUAUUAAAUAUACAAGCUCUUUAAAUUUAAACAUACUUCUGACAAGGUUAUAUAGGUGAUUAACCUCUGUUCAUAGACUUACAUAUGGAAGUAGAGUUUUUGUUUACUUUAAAGAUGUUUCAAGUGCAAUUGUUUCUUAUAAAACAUGAUUGAUUACCAUGAAAUUCUCACUUUAGCUGAUCAUCUACAAAUGUAUAGUAUAUAUCCACCGUCUCUUCUCGUGAUUUUAGUUUGCUUAUUUUAAAGCAGCAACAUUAGCUACAAGUGUCUUGCAAUAUUUUUACCAACAAUAAAAUUAAAGUAGAUACUUAAUAAAAAAUUCCUUAGUGUGAUUUUAAUAUUAUUUUGAGAUUUUGGUUGUAUACAGUUUGAAUGUAAAAAAAAAAUGUCCAUUAUUUAAGGGAAAAGACCUUUCAAUAAAAU